AUGCUGAUGCGCCAGGCCCCUGGUUACGGCCCAAUCUCGACGAGCAUGGACACUGCUGAAGAGAGGCUUCUCCCUGAUGCCGAGAAUCACAAGGAGCCGCGAACUUGGAUGCGAACCAAGUCUCUGGAGCAAGGAGCCAGCAGUGAUCAAGAGACAUUGUUGUCGAGGCUUCCGGGAAGAAGUGAGUCGGCAUCUGCUACGCCGUGGUGGUUGCCUACACACUCGCCCCCUGGUUCUCCGCACAAGGACAGCAGCCUUCUAAGCGUGGAAAGGUACAGCAGCUCCCAAAACGGGCGGCACAGCUCGUCCUUGCCACGAGAAUCUCUGAGACCUUGGGUGCCUGGAGCAAUGCCAGACCCUGCAAGAAGGCCACUCUCGCAGUCUUCCGAGGAGAGAUCUCCCGCUACUGCAGGACGGGAGCUCGACAGCAGCAAACGCGAAAUUGAAAUGGACGCCGGCGCAGUUGCUGCGAUCGAAGCUCCUUCACCAUGGUCUCGUCCGGACAAGGCUAUCUGGGGCCGAUGUGAUAGCAUCACGGAUGACCGCAUGCCGCGUCCUGCAUCCUCGCCAGUUGUGGACUCUGUGACCGAGGUGAUUGAGCUGGAACACGACUUCUACUCCAUCUCCUUGACGCCGCAGGUGCCUUGUUGGGCUGCGAUGUGCGCGCCGUUGGCAUCUUGCAUUGCGCAGCUGUUGGUGCUGUACUUCUUGGCCUACCAGAACGAGACGAUGUUUGAGGGUGGCAAGUGGAAGCAGCCCAUAUCCCCUUACUGGAGUCUCAACACGAUGAAGAUGAUUUCAAUCAUGCUGUCGCUCUUCAAGGUGUCCAUAGAACUUGGCCAUGCGCAGCGUCUAUGCAGAUGUCUUGUGGUCGGAGCUUUUGCUGAGGGCUUUCGGCCUGUUGUGGGUUGGUGGGCACUGGCGCUGCAGUACUUCAUGGCGCUGUUGGUGCUGUUCGUGUCUCUCUCGGUUGUGCUCGGCUCAACGUCUUGUGUUGGCUGCUUCUUGAAGAUCUUCAGCGUGUUCAUCAUCGUAGACAUGGACAAUUUAGCGGCAGGGUUCGUCGAUGGAAUGACGUACCUGGACUUUCGCGUGGAAGUUUCCCCGGAACGGCUUCAAGCUUUCAAGAGGCGACAUGGUGGAAUAUGCCGAUGUCUGUCGAUCAGAGCGAUUUUCAUGUUCAUGCCUGUGACCCUGAUCCUCUUGUCCUUGGCUAUGUCAAUUUACUUCAACACGAUUCCGCUGACGCUCCUGUCGUUUGGACAAGUCAGCAACGAAGAUUCGCCGAAGAUGCUCGUAGAUGACGGCACUUGCGUAGCGCAGCUCGUCCACCACAAAGGACAGGGCUUGUCAGCAAACGUUUCAGUGCUGCUCCUUGCAGCACUGGAUGCAGAUAGCGACAAAGCGCUCGCACCCAGAUUGCACUGGGUGGCCCUAGAGUAUGCUGCGCAGCCGGUCACUCCUUCCUCUCUGCAGGUCAUGAGGGGAAACGAUGCAAACAACAAUGGUGUCUUCAAGUCUGGAAGUGCGGCAACCGUCAGGAGUCAAGCGUACCAUUGGCUGGAAACACAUGGCUUUUCCCCUCAAGUCUACAGCAACUUGCUCAAGCGGGAGAAGCUGUACAAGACCUUUCAGCCGUUUGAAGCCACGUUCUUGAUCCCUGGCAUACAGGAAGAUGCGCCGGCAAGCUACACACCAUCAACGUACAUGGUGUACGUCACAGCGCAGAAUCCUUUGAGCCUGCUGAUACCUGCGUGCGCACAGUUCUGCACCUCCUGCGAACUUGCGGGGCCCCGACUUUGUGAUGAGGGCAAGUGCAUAGAAGGUACCCAUUUUCACUUGGGCAAAUGCUACCCGUGUGCCAAAGAUUGUGACAAAUGCGAGCUCAAUGCCCUCGGGCACAACAUGUCCGAUUCGGAAUCCAUUGGAUGCGACAAUGGGGGCUGCAAAGAGGGCUUCGGGCUGAAACAUGGCAGGUGCCAGCCAUGCAAAGAUGCAAAUUGUUCACGAUGCUUGGAUGAGGAUCUGGAUGUGUGCGUGGAGUGCAAGCAUGGCUUGAGCAUUAACUUCAACGGGUGGGCCGCAUUGCAGGCUGAGUCUCGCUGUCGCUUGUCACAUGAAGCGGAGCACUGCGGCCCCAAUGCAUUUGCGGAAGGAGAUGCUUGGAGAACGGUGGAUGCGACAGUUGUGAACAUGGCGUGGAUGGCUGCCGCGAAUGUCCUUUCUCGCACACAGAAUGCACCGCAUGCGAGCUUGGAUAUGUUCUUCAGCACUGGCAGUGCCAUCCCUGCCUUGAGAACUGUCGCAACUGUUCGCCACAGACCCAGCUACAACUGGGGUUUUCCGUGGGGAAGCAAGCUCAGCAGAUUGCUGGAGGUCCAGUGGAGAAUUGCCUGGGUUGUGACGGAGAACCCUGGCGGUGCAGUCGUUGUGGCCGGCUCAGACAGAUGGUCUACAUCGAUCCAGUUCCACUCCCACUUCGGUGAGGUCGGAAAGGAUUUGGUGUCACUUCAUCAGGUUUGUGCCAAGACUGUGGAGAGUUCUGCGCGGAAUGUGUGUCGAUCGACGAUUGCAAAGUUUGCCACACUGGAUGGGUCGCCCGUGACGGGAACAGGUGCCUUGGCUGUGCUGAUCGUUGCAGCAGCUGCAACAAAGCCGGCCCAGCAAAGUGCGACCGGUGUGGAUGCCUUAAUCUCUUUGCAGGAUCCUGCAGGCAAAGUCACUGUUCUGAGAGUUCUUUGA